GGUGUGAAUAUGCGUUGCUUGGCAGCUCGGGUCAACUAUAAGACUUUGAUCAUCAUCUGCACUCUCUUCACUCUGGUCACAGUCCUGCUGUGGAAUAGAUGCUCCAGUGAUAAAACUACUCAGUUUCCCCGAAACCUGAACAAUGGCUUCCGAGUAGACGGAUUGGAAAAACGAACAGCUGCAUCUGAAAGUAACAACUAUGUAAACAACCUAGCCAAGCAGCAGAGCGAGGAGGCGUCCCCCCAAGAGCAACAGAAAGCACCCCCUGUUGUUGGAGGGUUCAAUAGCAAUGGAAACAAAAUUUUGGGACUUAAAUAUGAAGAAAUUGACUGUCUGAUCAAUGAUGAGCAUACAAUUAAAGGGAGGAGAGAGGGCAACGAGGUCUUUCUGCCCUUCAGUUGGGUGGAGAAAUACUUUGAGGUUUAUGGGAAAAUUGCUCAGUAUGAUGGCUAUGACAGAUUUGAGUUCUCUCAUAGCUACUCCAAAGUAUAUGCACAGAGAGCACCUUACCACCCCGAUGGAGUCUUCAUGUCCUUUGAGGGCUACAAUGUAGAAGUUCGAGAUAGAGUGAAGUGCAUAAGUGGUGUUGAAGGUGUGCCAUUAUCCACACAGUGGGGACCUCAAGGCUAUUUCUACCCAAUCCAGAUUGCACAAUAUGGGCUAAGUCAUUAUAGUAAAAAUCUGACUGAGAAACCACCUCACAUAGAGGUGUAUGAAACAGCUGAAGACAAGGACAAAAGCAGCAGACCUGUUGAUUGGACUGUACCAAAAGGCUGUUCUGUUUCAACAGUACCUGAUAAAUCCAGGUUCACUAAUGUUAAACAGUUCGUCGCUCCAGAAAAUACUGAAGGGGCAUCUCUGCAGCUUGGGAACUCCAGAGAUUUUAUUAUUUCUUUUGACCUCAAAUUCAUCACAAAUGGGAGCCUAUCUGUGGUUCUAGAAACAACUGAGAAGAACCAGCUCUUCACCAUACACUAUGUCUCGAACACUCAGCUGAUCGCUUUUAAAGACCGAGAUAUUUACUAUGGCCUUGGACCUAGGACCAGUUGGAGCACAGUCACUAGAGAUCUGGUAACUGACUUAAGGAAAGGAGUUGGUCUCUCCAACACAAAAGCCGUGAAGCAGACCAAAAUAAUGCCUAAGAAAGUGAUUCGGUUGAUCACGAAGGGAAAAGGCUUCAUUGAUAACAUCACUAUAUCGACAACUGCCCACAUGGCGGCUUUUUUUGCCGCGAGUGAUUGGCUAGUGAGGAACCAGGAUGAAAAAGGUGGCUGGCCCAUUAUGGUGACACGGAAGUUAGGGGAAGGGUUUAAAUCUUUAGAGCCUGGCUGGUACUCUGCCAUGGCACAAGGGCAGGCCAUUUCAACGUUAGUCAGGGCUUAUCUGUUAACAAAAGACCACACAUUCCUCAGCUCAGCUUUACAGGCAACAGCACCUUACAAGCUCCCGUCAGAGCAGCAUGGAGUGAAAGCUGUCUUUAUGAACAAACAUGACUGGUAUGAAGAGUACCCAACCUCCCCUAGCUCAUUUGUUUUAAACGGUUUCAUGUACUCUCUGAUUGGACUGUAUGAUUUAAAAGAAACUGCAGGUGAGAAGCUAGGGAAAGAGGCAAAGUCUCUCUAUGAUCGAGGAAUGGAGUCCCUCAAAGCCAUGCUUCCGCUCUAUGAUACUGGCUCAGGAACGAUCUACGACCUCCGUCAUUUCAUGCUAGGCUCUGCUCCCAACCUGGCCCGGUGGGACUAUCACACCACCCACAUAAACCAACUCCAGCUAUUAAGCACGAUUGACGAGUCCCCCAUUUUCAAAGAAUUCGUCAAGAGAUGGAAGAGCUACCUUAAAGGUGGCAGGGCAAAGCACAACUAG